AUGGCUGCUGAGGGAGUGACGAGUGCAGUAAAUGAGUCAAUCAAAGAGGCGGUGCUGGCAGCAGUGAGAGAGGAGCUGGCUGCACACAAGGAGGAGGUGGAUGAGCUGCGGCACAUGUUGACAGCAGUGAAGGGGGAGUUGGCUGCGGUGAAGGGGGAGUUUACAGCGAUUAAGGGGGAGUUAAUAGUGGUUAAAGGGGAAUUGGCAGUGGUGAAGGGGGAGUUGGCGAAACACGAGCACGCUACGGCAGAGAAAGUGGCUGAGAGUAGUAGGUCAUUGGAUGGAACAGGGCUGAAAGGGAAGAGCAGAAAGAGAAAGCAAGAAAUCACAGCGGAUGUUGCACGGGAGGAGGAAAGGAGGAGGGAGGUGCAGGAGUUGAAUCAACUGCAUGCCACGGAGGACCUGGCGGCCUCCAAGGAAGGGCCAAAGAAACGAAACUUGAAACUCAAUGUUGCGCUGCAAAUCAAGCAGAGUAAAGGCGAUCAGAAGAUGGCAUGGAAGGUGUGUGUUGAGUGGGCCAUCCAUGCCCCCUCCACCCAUGCCCUCUCGACCCAUGCCCUCUCGACCCAUGCCCUCUCGGCCCAUGCCCUCUCGGCCCUCUCGACCCAUGCCCUCUCGACCCAUGCCCUCUCGACCCAUGCCCUCUCGACCCAUGCCCUCUCCAUCCAUGACCUCUCCAUCCAUGCCCUCUCCAUCCAUGACCUCUCCAUCCAUGCCCUCUCCAUCCAUGACCUCUCCAUCCAUGCCCUCUCCAUCCAUGACCUCUCCAUCCAUGCCCUCUCCAUCCAUGACCUCUCCAUCCAUGCCCUCUUUACCCAUUCUCUCUUCAUCCAUGCCCUCUUCAUCCAUCAUCUCCAGCAAAUCAAGUCUGCAUCACGACGAGCGGAACUGAUUUGCCUUGAUGGAAUAAUUAUUCACCAACAGCGUCUGUGGGAUGGAGGAGAGGAGGCGGCGGGGGCGGCUGGGUCUAGCUGCUGGUAUGUGCGGUGGGCAGAGGAGGGCAAUGUGGUGGAGCGGAUGGUUAUCACCAUGAGGAUGCUCCACAGGCUGGGUGUCAUCAGCGACGUGGUGGUAGAGAUCAGUCCCCACGCACACCAGCAGCAUCUGCCUUGUAUCGGUCAUAAAGCCCACUCGUGGCUGCGACAUGGAGGCGGCUGUUGUGCUGCAGCAGCAUCAGUGGUGGUGGUGAAGGCGGUCAGCAACGAGUGUGGUGGAGGCAGGCGAGGAGCUGACCCAUGGGAGGCGGACCCAUGGGAGGCGGACCCAUGGGAGGCUGACCCAUGGGAGGCUGACCCAUGGGAGGCGGACCCAUGGGAGGCUGACCCAUGGGAGGCUGACCCAUGGGAGGCUGACCCAUGGGAGGUGGACCCAUGGGAGGCGGACCCAUGGGAGGCGGACCCAUGGGAGGCGGACCCAUGGGAGGCGGACCCAUGGGAGGCGGACCCAUGGGAGGCGGACCCAUGGGAGGCUGACCCAUGGGAGGCGGACCCAUGGGAGGCGGACCCAUGGGAGGCGGACCCAUGGGAGGCGGACCCAUGGGAGGCUGACCCAUGGGAGGCUGACCCAUGGGAGGCUGACCCAUGGGAGGCGGACCCAUGGGAGGCGGACCCAUGGGAGGCGGACCCAUGGGAGGCGGACCCAUGGGAGGCGGACCCAUGGGAGGCGGACCCAUGGGAGGCUGACCCAUGGGAGGCUGACCCAUGGGAGGCUGACCCAUGGGAGGCGGACCCAUGGGAGGCGGACCCAUGGGAGGCGGACCCAUGGGAGGCUGACCCAUGGGAGGCGGACCCAUGGGAGGCGGACCCAUGGGAGGCGGACCCAUGGGAGGCGGACCCAUGGGAGGCGGACCCAUGGGAGGCGGACCCAUGGGAGGCUGACCCAUGGGAGGCUGACCCAUGGGAGGCGGACCCAUGGGAGGCGGACCCAUGGGAGGCGGACCCAUGGGAGGCUAAGGCUGCUAUUGAUCAUGCUUGA